GCACACAGGAGCCAAGUUGAGAGAAGACAGUCCCUGCUAAAGUCGCGCACCAUGGACCUUUUGCAUAGUGCAGGGGUGCAGGCCACCAGCUACCUCCAAGAGAACUUCCUCGACUUCCAGGAGUGGUUUAUCUUCAUCUCCACAGUCGCUGACCUCAGAACAACUUUUUUUGUCUUCUUCCCCAUCUGGUUCCAGCUAAGGGAAGCUGUGGCAAUCCGGCUCAUCUGGGUAGCUGUGAUCGGUGAUUGGCUCAACCUUGUUUUCAAGUGGAUCCUUUUUGGAGAGAGACCCUACUGGUGGGUACAUGAAACAGACUUCUAUGGCACCUCAACACUCCCUGUGAUCAAGCAAUUUCCCAUCACAUGUGAGACUGGCCCAGGUAGCCCUUCCGGUCAUGCCAUGGGGUCUUCUGGAGUCUACUACAUCAUGGUGACUGCAUUGGUAUCACACUUUUUGCCACUGCAGCAGAAAACCUUGACUGCUAGGUGUCUGCGUGGCCUCCUCUGGACUGGAUUCUGGGUUGUGCAGGUCUGUGUCUGCUUAUCCCGAGUCUUCCUAGCUGCCCACUUCCCACAUCAGGUGAUUGCAGGCAUCAUCUCAGGGAUGAUGGUGGCAGAGGUGUUUAAGCAUAUUGACUUCAUCUACAAUGCCAGCCUGUGGCAAUACAUGAGGACCACCUUCUUCCUCUUUGUCUUCACCCUGGGCUUUUAUCUGCUGCUCAAGGUGCUUGGUGUGGACCUCCUGUGGACACUGGAGAAGGCACACAGAUGGUGUGAGCGGCCGGAGUGGGUUCAUAUUGACACAACACCCUUUGCCAGUCUGCUUCGCAACCUGGGCAUCCUGUUUGGACUGGGGCUAGGCCUCAACUCCCCAAUGUAUACAGAGAGCCGCAAAGUGAAACAAAGCCAACGGCUGACCUUCCGCCUCAGCUGCAUCUUUGCCUCACUGUUCAUCCUACACCUCUUUGAUUCCUUGGAACUGCCUACCGACAGAGAGAUCCUCUUCUACAUCCUUUCCUUCAGUAAGAACACCUGCACUCAUAUCUGUGCAGUAGCCCUGAUCCCUUAUUGCAUCUCCUGGCUGCUUCAGCAAACAGAAGAAAGAUAGAACCCAGAAAGUUUGGAAUAAGAAGUACAGUACUUGGGAUUUGGCUCUUCAACCAUCAGGACCUGGACCGAAAGGUUUAUUAACCAAGAAAAUACUAUUUUUGAGGAGAUUGAAUGCCACCUCCCCUUCCACACACUGAUCACCAGAUUUGGGCCAGGAAGGCAGCAAGGGACAGUAAGGCUCUCCUAGCCUAGGAAGUGGAAGGUGGCUGGCAUUUGGACAACUUCCAAAAUGUGGGGGGUACAGAAUGGAACACAGGGUGGUUGAACUACCUCGUUUGUUUUAAAGCAAGUUACAUCCAUUUUUGAGCUGAAUUUUAUCUAUUCAGCCUGGAAAAAUAUAUUGCUCUUUCUGCUUUCUACCUA